GGCACACGUCAAACGGUACGCGAAAUUCGUAUUUAAAUUCCGAAACAGAAUUUGUUUUCAAACCUAUGUAAUCUCCUUUUUUAAUAAAAAUGUAAAAUAGUCUCAGUUUUCUGCGGCCAGUUCUAUUUUGGACAACUUUAACUGUACGAAUAUUAAACUUAGCGCGGAAAAAUUACGAUCAUUCAUUUACAAAGUUUGAACGAGUGUGGAAAAGUGAUUUUUUUGGAUUCUGCAAAAAUGUUCGAUGGAAAAUUCUUUGUUUUUACUGCUGUUAUCCUGGUGUUAUUUGGAGGGGUAACCAGUCUUCGUGACGUCAGACUCCUGGUAGAACCAACAACAAUAAUAAGAGGAGGCACUGCAGCGCUAAUCUGUUCACGGGAUAUGCAAAACGCCCCUCUGUAUACCGUCAAGUGGUACAGAGGAAAUCACGAGUUUUACAGAUACACGCCUAUGGAAGAUCCUGAUACGAGGGUGUUCACAAUACCGGGAAUUUAUGUUGACACUAACCGUUCCAACGGCUCGCAAGUCCUCCUAAGACGCAUGGACCUAACAAUGGCGGGCAACUUCAGCUGCGAAGUGACAGCCGAUUCCCCGUCUUUUGCCACGCAGAUUGCUACAAAAUUCAUCGACGUUAUUGCACUGCCAGUGCUGGAUCCAGUGCUCCACACAGGCAAGGACCGGUAUCGGCCAGGGGAGACCCUGCACGCCAAUUGCACGUCCUCACCAGCAAGACCUGCUGCUAACCUUACUAUUUACGUCAACGAAGAGCCUGUUCGUUCGACAGAAAUGAGCCUGCAUCCAUCAGACUCUGGUCUUCUAUGGACCACCAUCGAUGCAGAUGUGAAAUUAACCCCAGAUCUAUUCCCUGGAGGACGCCUCAGGCUCAGUUGUGUGGCCACCGUUUAUGAAGUGUACAGGAAGUUCGCUUACUUGGACUUCUUCACACCUGAGACGGAUCCUAGACCUGAGAGAAUAGUAACAUACAACACUGCUUCAAGAUCUGUACAAGCCUGGAUGCUCCUGUUCUUUCUGUUUCUCUUGCCAAUGCUGGUCGUUAGCCAGACGUAUGAAGAAGUAGCUGUCUUCAACGAGUUCCAAUACAACGAGAACUUCGACGUUAAUUACGAGGACGAUGUCCAGAGGACAUUGGUUUCAGAUUAGAUAAUAUUAAAGCAUUGUGGUUUUUGAUUCAACAUGUCAGUUUGCUUUUUUAAUACAACUUA